GCGGGGGUUGGUCUCUGUAAGAAAUAGCAGGAGCUGUGGCAGCGGCUAGAGGAAGCGGCUGAGGCGCGUGGAACCUGAAAAGUCCCGGUGCUCGCGGUUACUCGCAACGUGGUCCCAGCCGGCCGGCCGUCAGCACCAUGGACAGCAGCGCCGUCCCCAGGAACGACAGCAAUUGCACUGAUCCCUUCACGCACUCUUCCAGCUGCUCCCCAGCACCUAGCCCCAGUUCCUGGGUCAACUUCUCCCACUUAGAAGGCAACCUGUCCGACCCAUGCGGUCCGAACCGCACCGAGCUGGGCAGGAGCGACAGCCUGUGCCCUUCGACCGGCAGUCCUUCCAUGAUCACGGCCAUCACCAUCAUGGCCCUCUACUCCAUCGUGUGCGUGGUGGGUCUCUUCGGAAACUUCCUGGUCAUGUAUGUGAUUGUCAGAUAUACCAAAAUGAAGACUGCCACCAAUAUCUAUAUUUUCAACCUUGCUCUGGCAGAUGCCCUAGCAACCAGUACCCUGCCCUUCCAGAGUGUCAAUUACCUAAUGGGAACAUGGCCAUUUGGAACCAUCCUCUGCAAGAUUGUGAUCUCCAUAGAUUACUAUAACAUGUUCACCAGCAUAUUCACCCUCUGCACGAUGAGUGUUGAUCGCUACAUUGCAGUCUGCCAUCCCGUCAAGGCCCUGGAUUUCCGCACUCCCCGCAAUGCCAAGAUCGUCAACAUCUGCAACUGGAUCCUCUCUUCAGCCAUUGGUCUGCCUGUGAUGUUCAUGGCAACAACAAAGUACCGGCAAGGUUCCAUAGAUUGUACAUUAACAUUUUCUCACCCAACCUGGUACUGGGAAAACCUGCUGAAAAUCUGUGUUUUCAUCUUUGCCUUCAUCAUGCCUGUCCUCAUCAUUACAGUGUGUUAUGGACUGAUGAUCUUACGCCUCAAGAGUGUCCGCAUGCUCUCUGGCUCCAAAGAAAAGGAUAGGAACCUGCGAAGAAUCACCAGGAUGGUGCUGGUGGUUGUGGCUGUGUUCAUUGUCUGCUGGACUCCCAUUCACAUUUACGUCAUCAUUAAAGCCUUGAUCACAAUCCCAGAAACUACUUUCCAGACUGUUUCCUGGCACUUCUGCAUUGCUCUGGGUUAUACAAACAGCUGCCUGAAUCCAGUGCUUUAUGCAUUUCUGGAUGAAAACUUCAAACGAUGCUUCAGAGAGUUCUGUAUCCCAACUUCCUCGACCAUUGAGCAGCAAAACUCCACUCGAAUUCGUCAGAACACCAGAGAUCAUCCCUCCACGGCCAAUACAGUGGAUAGGACUAAUCAUCAGGAGCAAGCAAUCACAAAGCGGUCACACUGCGGGCCUCAUGUGGUUCAGCAGCGAAGGAUCUUACUUGACUAUGUGACUAUAGAAACGACUCGAAGUCAGAAGGUGCUGUCACCAGCUCUGGGCAUCUUCCAAUCAGCUGGCCACCCAGUGAUGCUGCCGUUUGCCCCCCUCAGCAGACGCAGCUGCCUGUUAAUAGAAGGGUCUUGGAAGCAGGCACCCUCCAUCCGGGCCAAUAUUAGACACCGCAGAAGCAAGAAUGAACAAAUGAGCCAUUUAUGCUCUCAGCUCUUGAGUAGUAGACCCUACAGUUUGGCCAGAGCUUCAGUAACGCAGCCAAAGUCAAACUGGAAUAAACCAAAUCCACCUCCUGCUCUUACUGGACGCACGAUUUGGGGCAAAGCAUUUAAUCACUCUGAGCUUAGUUUCCUCGUUCAUCCGAAGACUAAAACCUACCUCACAUAA